AUGAACAAAUUCAAAUCAUUAAUAAAAAACUUUUACAAAUAAAUAAUAAUGAACUUCAACUAAUUUAUCAAGAUAUUGUUCAAUCAGCUAGUGAUAAAAAAGUAACCCAAAUUAUACAUCAUCAAAAACUUAUUGAUGCUAUUGAACAAUUGCCAGAUGACUAA